GCAUGAUGGGUAGGUCAGUAGUAAAAGAGGACGCCAUGUGCUUUUGAGACAGGGGCAACAGAAGAGGACCUGGCUGUGACAAACCCGUCUUGUUUUCAGAAGGACACCGGGACUAGAGGCUCCACUUAGGCUGUAAAAUGUACUGCACCAGACGCUGCCUCCGGACCGCGUUGCGGGUCGCGGCGACUACACACCGGCAAGAGCUCCAGCGGCAGACACCGGCCCUGUGCGCUCUUAGACUUCUGAAGACCAGUCCAGCCUCACAUUCAGAUGCCAUUGCCACCCCUCCACUAGAUGGAGCACCCAAACAAUAUUCACCCAAAAUUCAACAGCUUGUCAGUGACAUCGCCAGCCUCACCUUGUUAGAGGUUUCGGACCUCAAUGAGCUGCUUAAGAAAACUCUUAAUAUUCAAGAUGUUGGAAUGAUGCCAAUGGGGGCAGUGGCUGGACCUGCCGCUCCUGCAGCUCAGGCCACACAAGAGGAGGACGCACCAGCGAAGAAGGAGAAGACUGUCUUUACAGUAAAACUGACAGAACUGAAGGCAACUGAAAAAGUAAAGCUUAUAAAGGAAGUGAAGAACUGUAUACAAGGAUUGAAUCUGGUGCAGGCUAAAAAACUAGUGGAGUCCCUUCCUCAGGAAAUCCGGGCCAACGUAUCCAAAGAAGAGGCAGAGAAACUGAAAGCUGCCCUGGAGGCAGCAGGUGGCACCGUGGUCUUAGAGUAAAGUCCCACUGCCCUUCUGGUUCGGCAAUACUUUGCUCUUCAAGCACUUCGUCCUUUAUUCUACUUUUUCUUUUUUUUUUUUACAUCAGAGGAGAGAAUCCAAUGAGAGAGGAAACAAAGAAAUGCCUUCUGAAUAUUUUCUCCUAACGGUAUCGGGUGGGGCGGCACCACUCAGACUGAACUGUUCAAACAGCUGCCCCCCCCUUGUCCAUUCGCCUGCUCAUACUGUAUGUCUGUCCGAUAUCUGUGUAGCAAUGAGGCGACAGAAAAACUGGCCUGAGGAAGUCAGAACGUCAGUCAGGUAUUCUGUGUGUAUGUUAAAUUGUCACAGAACAACAGAUGAUGUUGUAGGGACAUGUUUACCAAACCCUAUGUUGAAAAACACCAUGCAUUUUGUUGAAGGUAUGACAUAUUGCUCAUAGAGUUGUUAAUAACAUGAUUAAACUUGAAAUAUCCAUA